ACAAUAACAAUCCCCAUCAUCGGCGCCUCCAUCGCCGGCCUCACCACCGCCCACUCCCUCCUCUCGCACUUCACCACACCCAACAGUACUACCACCAACAACAACAAGGGCCCAAAAAUAAAAAUCCUCCUCAUCAACCCCACCCCCAAUUUCUACUGGGCCAUCGCAGCCCCGCGCAUCCUCACCAAACCAACUGCGUUCACAGAGUCCCAAUACCUCAUCCCGAUCGCCGAUGGAUUCGCAAAAUAUUCUCCGGAUGUCUUCGAAUUCAUCCUAGGACGGGCAACAUCGCUCGAUUUCGAGAACAAAGUACUGAAUGUUGAGGAAUGCACCGACCCUAAGACAUUGAGGGAAAUCAAAUAUGAUUACCUGGUUAUCGCAUCGGGGAGUACACCCUCUGCUUCUUCAACGGAAACAUUAUUCCCUGGUGAAGAUAAAGAUGGUAAAAAUGGGGAGAUAUACCCCUUCAAACUAUCCCCCACAUCUACCACCACAAUCACAGAGGCGAUUAAAUCCGCCCAGACCACCAUCUCCACCGCAAAAAGAAUCACUAUCAUCGGGGCAGGUCCCAUCGGGGUAGAAAUCGCGGGUGAAUUGGGUGAUCUCAUCACACCCUCUUCCUCCUCUCCCUCCUCUUCCUCCGAAGGAGAAUCGAAGAAAGAAAUAACCCUCAUCUCAUCCACCCCGCGCAUUCUCCCGACCCUAAAACCCUCCGCCAGCGAGACAGCCACAUCCCUCCUUACUAACAAAGGCGUGCGCGUUCUCACAGAUCGGAAGGUUAUUUCUGUGUCUUCUUCUUCGAGGGAUAAUGGAGCGGGGUAUGAACUCAAGCUCAACAAUGGGGAGACGCUCGAGACGGAUAUCUAUAUCCCGGCUAUUGGUGUCCUGCCUAAUAGUUCUUAUAUACCCCGCGAAGUACUUGAUGAACGGGGCUGGGUGAGGGUUGAUUCGGAGUUGAAAGUGGAGGGUGUGGAGGGGGUGUAUGCGGCGGGGGAUAUUACCACUCAUACGCAGAAGUUGUCGUUCAAGGCGGAUGAGAUGGCUGGGGUGGUGGUGGGGAAUUUGGUGGAUGAUAUUAAUAAUAUUAAUAUUAAUGGUGUUGGGAAUGGAGGUAAGGGGAGGGGAUGGUGGAGGAGGGGAUGUGGUGCAGGUGGGAGGAAGACGUAUGAUGAAGGGAACGAUGUGAUGAUGCUGGUUCCUGUUGGUAGUUCUGGGGGUACAGGGCAGGCGUUUGGGUGGGUGUUGGUCAGUUUUAUGGUGUGGUUGGCUAAGGGGAGGGAUUAUUUCAUUUGGAAGGCUAAGGGGUAUGUGUUCAAAUAG